AUACAGCCAGCCAGAGGGCCCUGGCCCCAGAACCGAGGACAACAGCAGCCCCUGAGCAUCUGUGCAAGUCUCACCGAGAUGAAGCUGUCAGGCCAGGAAGAGUUUGAAGUCUCCAGAGCUUGUGAAAAUGUGCCCACAGGAGAGCUGGACAAUGACUCUGGCUCUGGGCCCAGACCUGAUGAUCCCUUAGACGUGGCCGGCGGGAAACUGGGGGACCCCAAGGACCUCCUGCUCUUCAUUCAGCUCAACGAGCUGCUGGGCUGGCCCCAGGCGCUGGAAUGGAGAGAGACCGGCAGGUGGGUGCUAUUUGAAGAGAAGUUCGAAGUGGGUGCAGGCCGGUGGAGUGCCCCCCAUGUGCCCGCCGUGGCGCUGUCCAGCCUCCAGAAGCUCCGCAGCCUGCUGGCCAAGGGACUUGUCCUGCUGGACUGUCCAGCUCAGAGCCUCCUGGAGCUUGUGGAGCACGUGACCAGAGUGGAGUCGCUGAGCCCAGAGCUGAGAGGGCAGCUGAAGGCCUUGCUGCUGCAGAGACCCCAGCACCCCAUCCAGACCACAGGCGCCAGCCCCUGCUGGGGAUCGGCCCAACCAAGAGAGGCUUCGCGGGAUGAGGAAGUGCCCCUGAAGGAGCAGCGACAGAACCCUCUGAGACAGAAGCUCCCCCCGGGGACUGAGGCGGGGGCUGUGCUGGCCGGAGAGCUGGGCUUCCUGGCGCACCCCCUGGGGGUCUUUGUGCGACUGCGGGACCCAGUGGUGCUGGGGCCCCUCACUGAGGUGCCUCUCCCCAGCAGGUUUUUCUGCCUCCUUGUCGGUCCCCCGACCCUGGGAAGGAGCUAUCACGAGAUGGGCCGGGCGGUGGCUGUCCUCCUCAGCGACCCGCAAUUCCAGGGGUCAGCUCGUCGGGCCAGCAACCUUCAAGACCUCCUGGCAGCCCUGGAUGCCUUCCUAGACGAGGUGACAGUGCUCCCUCCAGGUCGGUGGGAUCCAACAGUUCGGAUUCCCCCGCCUAAAUGUCUGCCCUCUCAGCAAAAAAGGCUCCCCGCGCAACUGCAGGAGGCCACGGGCCCCUCUGCCCGGCGAAGGGUCCCGGCCGAGGACCCGCACGGCCGCUGGCCGCACGCGCCCGGCCCUGAGUUGCGGCGGACGGGCAGGCUGUUUGGGGGCCUUGUCCAGGACGUGCGCCGGAAGGCCUCGUGGUACCCCAGCGACUUCUCGGACGCCCUGCACCCCCAGUGCCUCUCGGCCGUGCUCUACAUUUACCUGGCCACCGUCACGAACGCCAUCACUUUCGGGGGGCUGCUGGGAGAAGCCACCGACGGUGCUCAGGGGGUGCUGGAGAGCUUCCUGGGCACAGCAGUGGCUGGAGCUGCCUUCUGCCUGAUGGCAGGCCAGCCCCUCACCAUCCUCAGCAGCACUGGGCCAGUGCUGGUCUUUGAACGCCUGCUCUUCUCCUUCAGCAGAGAUCACGGCCUGGACUACCUGCCCUUCCGCCUGUGGGUGGGCCUCUGGGUGGCCACCUUUUGCCUGGUGCUGGUGGCCACGGAGGCCAGCGUGCUGGUGCGCUACUUCACCCGCUUCACCGAGGAAGGCUUCUGUGCCCUCAUCAGCCUCAUCUUCAUCUACGAUGCCGUGGGCAAAAUGCUGACCUUGACCCAGGCCUAUCCCAUCCAGAGACCUGGCUCUCUUGCCUAUGGCUGCCUCUGCCAGUACCCAGAACCAGGAGGAAACGAGUCUCAGUGGACAAGCAUGAAGCCAAAAGGCGAAGAUGACAUCUUAAGCUUGGACCUAGGCCUGGUCAACGCAUCCUUGCUGCCCCCACCUGAGUGUGCCCGGCGGGGAGGCCACCCUCGUGGCCCUGGCUGUCACACGGUCCCGGACGUCGCCUUCUUCUCCGUCCUCCUCUUCCUAACCUCCUUCUUCUUUGCCAUGGCUCUCAAGCACCUCAAGACCAGCCGCUUCUUCCCCUCCGUGGUGCGGAAGAUGCUAGGCGACUUCUCCUCCGUCCUGGCCAUCCUGUUGGGCUGUGGCCUCGAUGCCUUCCUGGACCUAGCCACGCCAAAGCUCCUGGUGCCCAGAGAGUUCAAGCCCACACUCCCUGGGCGUGGCUGGCUGGUGUCACCUUUUGGAGCCAACCCCUGGUGGCUGAGUGUGGCAGCUGCCCUGCCUGCCCUGCUGUUGUCUAUCCUCAUCUUCAUGGACCAGCAGAUCACAGGGGUCAUCCUCAACCGCGCCGAGUAUCGACUGCGGAAGGGAGCUGGCUUCCACCUGGACCUCUUCUGUGUGGCUGCGCUCAUGCUGCUCACGUCAGCGCUUGGGCUGCCCUGGUACGUCUCAGCCACUGUCAUCUCCCUGGCCCACAUGGACAGUCUGCAGAGAGAGAGCAGAGCUGGUGUCCCAGGGGAGCCUCCUAGCUUCCUCGGCAUCAGAGAGCAGAGGCUGACGGGCCUGGUGGUGUUCAUUCUCACAGGACUCUCCAUCUUCCUGGCACCUGUACUCAAGUUCAUCCCGAUGCCUGUGCUCUACGGCAUCUUCCUGUCCAUGGGGGUGGCCGCGAUUAGCAGCAUCCAGUUCACAAAGAGGGUGCAGCUAUUACUGAUGCCAGCAAAGCACCAGCCAGACCUCCUGCUCUUGCGGCAUGUGCCCCUGAGCAGGGUUCACCUCUUCACAGCCAUCCAGCUUGCCUGCCUGGGUCUGCUCUGGAUAAUCAAGUCUACCCCUGCAGCCAUCAUCUUUCCCCUCAUGUUGCUGGGCCUGGUGGGGGUCCGAAAGGCACUGGAGUGGGUUUUCUCACCACAGGAACUCCUCUGGCUGGAUGAGCCGAUGCCAGAGAAGGAGAGAAGCAUCCCUGAGACGGGGCUGGAGCCGGAGUACUCAUUCAACGGAAGUGACAGUGAAGAUUCCGAGCUGAGGUAUCAGCCAAAGGCUCCAGAAAUCAACAUCUCUGUAAAUUAACUGGAGUAGGAGGAGUAUGGAGUGGAGGCUCCAAGAAACUGAGCAUGAGAUAUUCACUCGGGAAGUCAGGACAUGGCUGGCCUUUGGCUUAAGUGCCAGAUGCUUGGUUGGCUGGGAACCUGGAACACUGGGACAGGACUGGAAGGCAGGUGGCCAAAACCUCAGUCACCCCCAUGAACGAAGGGUGGAGAGUAGCAGGGAACAGGCAGGUUUGCACUACGGUUAGGAAAGUCGAGUAAGUCAGAGGGACUGGCCAGGCCCCAGUCACACUCUACCCCAGUAAGGAAGCUAAUUCCAGAAGCCCUUCCCAUUUUGAACUUUCUGUCCUCACAAAUUCUUUUAUAGAAUCGGGGGGGUUGUCACAUUUUGGUUUGCAAAAGGGAGAAAAAGCCCCUCUUUCUAGAAUAAGUAUUCUUCUAUUUGAAGCAGUUUCUUACACAUAGAAAAAUAUGUUUUGUUUUUUCAUCGCAAAAGUAAAUGAGAUAUAGCAAAAUAUUAGACCACUAUAAAAAUGCAUAAUUUUGAGGAGUUCCCGUCGUGGCUCAGU